GAAAGCAAGCGAUGCCGAGAAGGGAGGGUUUCUUUUCUUUCGUUUUCCCGAAAUCGUGGCUUAUUGGAUCUUGACUAGCCGGAGCUGGUUGGGUUGGGCAGGAGGAACUGUGGAGCGCCCUUGAUCUUAAGAUCAGCUCAGGGGCAAGACAGACAGGAACCGCCAAAUCAGGACAAGGACGAACCAAACCAUACAGUAUUCAGAAUGUUUGUUGGAAUCGUUGGAUCAUCGUGCAGCGGAAAGCACGAGGUGAUGAAUCAACUCGCAUCGCUUUACGGCUUCACGCGGCUGUACCUUCAGCUCUCGACUUCAACUUUGUCCUCAACGUCGUCCAAUAUUAGCCAGCCUCGUAAUGGAUAUACUCGACCACAGAAGCAGGAUCAGAAGCGGGAUCAGAAGCAGGAAGAUAAGGAGUUCAGCUCAAUCGAAGCGAUGCUGGACCACGUUACGCUGAACUGGAUGCAGCACUUUGUCACCUGCGACGUCCAGACAGUUCAAGGGAUCGCUAUUCUUCGGAAGCGUCCCUUCUUCUUGUUGUUGUCCGUCGAAAGCCCGAUGAUGAUGCGGUAUCACCGCUGCGUCGCCCGGACCCAGGCGCAAGGAAAGGAUGCUCCGACACUGGAAGAGUUUGUAGAAGCGACGGAUACGGCACUUUAUAGCACACCCACAACCGCGACGACGCCUACAGCGUCCAGAUCGCUUUCGGUGUUUCCAAUACGAUCUCUGGACUCGGAGCAGGAUGUAACACCACUACCAUCUCUUGAAGAUACCGUUGACCAGUCGCGCUCGCUAUUAUCCUCACCCAACCCUGACUCUAUCAUGUCGCCCUCACUGUUUCAUUCGCAUUCCUUCUAUACUUCCCCGCCCUACAAACUCCUCUCGAUGUCCGACCUUUCGCUCCUCAACAACCAUUCUGAUCUCGUCUCCCUCCAACAGUCUCUCAUUUCACUUGAUAUUACAAAUCCGGAUCUGUUGCGGCCCUCUUGGGAUUCUUAUUUCAUGUACCUCGCGAAUCUGGCGGCACGUCGAUCGAAUUGUAUGAAACGGCGGGUCGGUUGUGUGCUCGUGCGAGAGAAACGAGUGAUCGCGACAGGAUAUAAUGGCACGCCGAAGAAUCUAACGAAUUGCAACGACGGCGGAUGCUUGAGGUGUAAUCAGGCCACGCCCUGUGGAAAGGGACUGGACCGGUGUUUGUGUAUGCAUGCGGAGGAAAAUGCGUUAUUAGAGGCCGGGAGAGAAAGAGUUGGUAGUGGAAGUACGAUCUAUUGUAACACUUGUCCGUGUUUAGGCUGCGCCAUUAAAAUUGUUCAGGUCGGGGUCAGCCAGGUGGUGUAUUCAGAGUCGUAUGGGAUGGACGAUCUCACAGCUGAAGUGUUCCGGAAAGCUAAGGUGGAGCUCCGUCAGCAUGCCACUCCGGGCAUAAAGCUCGAUCAAUCCAGUCCAUGAUAAUAUAGAUAUCGUAUAAUAAAAAAACGAAUACGUGUUAUUGCUUCAAAGAACAAUAAAGGG